AUGAAGUUCUUAUACAAUUUUGUGUACUUGAUUAACGUUAAAAUCGGAAGGUUUUUUUUUUUUUCUGGAUAUUGGAAAUUAAAUGCAAUAGCAACAGAAUAUAUAAAGAGUUGCUGUAGAGGAUGCUUUAUGGAGAAACAGAAAAACAAAUUUUCUGCGGAAAAAGACUUUAAAGCAGCAGUCUCAAAUAGUUGAAAUACUGGUGUCUGUAUUCCUCCUUUGACUUCUGUUUCUGUAAGCCCGCAGGUUGGCUGUACUGGGGGUUAUUUGCUUUCCAAAUGACCUUAUGAUGGCAAAGAAGUACCAUUUGUGGUGCCCAAGUUUAAGUUAUCUUCUAUUCAGCCCAAGACACAAGACUCGUCACAUCUGGAAGAACUUGAAGGAUCUGCCAGAUCAUCCUUUAGAGAUGAAAAGGUUGAACUUUCCAGUUCAUCUCAGCAUGGACCAAGCUAGGGUAUAUACGGCCCAUUCGACGUGUAUCAGCGCAGUUCCCCUGAAGUGAGUUGGUGCCUUCCUCUGCCUGCUAACCCAACCAGACUGUCUAGAUCAGUUUGUGAUUUAAGGAAAAAAUGUCCUGGUUCUCCCCGGCUAAGCAAAUCUAUGUUUGAUCUUACAAAUUCAUCUUAGCAAUUCAUCCAGAGACAGGGUUCAUUGGCCUGUGUACCCAGUAGUGCUUCUUCAAGGAAAAAGUCUCAGGGAAGUAACAGAAGGCUAGAUACAAUUACUCUGUCAGGAGGUGAAAGAGAUUUUGGGAGAUUGAACGUGAAAUUGUUUGGUAAUUCUUCAGUAGAGCAGAUCUGGAUCACGGUUUUACAGUCCAGAGAUUUAAGUAGGCCCUCUAGUUAUGGAGACACUCCAACAGUUUCUAUAAAAGGAUUAUUAACAUGGCCCAAACCAGUGCAUGUCAAGUCUUUUGCCAAGGAAGUUUCCCAUGUUACUGAGCUUCUGAGAACUUUUGUAUUUGCUAUUAAACUCCAACAUCUACAAACUGUCAGGCUUGUAUUUAAGAUUCAAAGUCAGACUCAGAAAACCACUGGAGAAUGUCCACUAUCGCUCAGAACUCAAAGCACACAGGAAAUGGAUUACUCGGUGGAUGUAACACCAUCUUCAAACAUUUCUAUUUGCUAUGCAGAACUUGAACCGGAGAGGACUUGUUUUCAAGCAAUAAAUAGCAGGAUUCAGUUACAAACCCUCCAGGCACAAUACCUUCCAAGCUCAUCAACACCCCUGACCUGGAGGGGUUUUGUGAAGGUGGCAAUGUUUAGCUCAGAAGAUUUGAUUGAUAAGAAGACACACUUACUGAAGGCCUCCAGCGGAAGAGUGAGGGAAGAGACGAUGACUUUUCCACUCACACGCAAUGAGAAAGAAAUUGCUUUUCUCAUUAAGCUUUAUAGUUCAAGUUCUGUAAGAAGAAAACACUUUGUGGGCUAGAUUUGGAUAACUGAAGACAGUAAUAACAUUGAAGCAGCAAACCAGUGGAAAGAGACUGUUACAAAUCCAGAAAAAGUUGUGAUCAAGUGGCACAAACUGAAUCCAUCCUGAAACCAUGAUGUGUUAAUUUGGUGAAGAAUUUGCCAUAUUUUUUAGAAGACUUAGGAUUACAAUUUGCUACCAACGAGAAGAGACAAAUCAAUACAUUUCUUAAUGUAUUUAUG